AUGUGCGCCCGGAACGGAUUCGGUCGUUUAUCAAGCGAUAGCAGAAUUGUUCGCCUUUCCCCGCAAGCCAGAAGUACCAGCAGCAGCCAUCAAAUGUCUCUCCAGAACAAGGUCGCCAUCGUCACGGGCGGUUCGCGGGGCAUGGGUGCCGGAACCGCCAAGGAGCUUGCCUUCCGCGGAGCCAAAGUCCUCAUCACGUACGCUUCCAAUACGGCCAAGGCAGACGCUGUCGUCGCAGCCAUCAAGGCCAAGGGCGGGGAGGCGGCCAGCGUUCAGGCCGACUGCAUGGAUGAGGCAUCACCCAAGUUGGUCGUCGACACGUGCGUCCGCAACUUCGGGCAGGGGAUCGACAUCAUUGUCAACAACGCGGGCGCUGGCGACGAGGUCUACCUGAAGGACACUGAUAUGGACCACUGGAAUAAGCUGUUCCACACCAAUGUCAGGUUCCCCAUGUUCCUGGUCAAGGAGUCGCUGCCGUACCUGCAAAAGGGCGGUCGUAUAGUCAACCUGUCCAGCGUGGUGGCUAGGCAAGCAUAUACCAUGCAAGGCGCUUACGGUGCGUCUAAAGCAUGCAUGGAGAGUUUGGCCAGAACAUGGGCUCUUGAACUGGGCGCAUCGCAUGGCAUUACUGUCAAUUGCGUAAAUCCCGGCCCCGUCGCUACCGAAAUGUGGGCCGCUACUCCCGAGGAGUCCAUUGGGGAUAUGGCUGCUUUCAUUAAGAGCACGCCCGCCGAGGGCCGUGUAGGAGAGGUUGAGGACAUUGUGCCCAUCGUUGCCUUCUUGUGCGAUGAGACCUCCCGCUGGAUCACUGGGUCAACUGUGUGUGCCAAUGGAGGCAUUUGCUUCACUUGA